AUGACCAGUGACACGAAUAGGAGAGGCAUCAAUAAUGAAAAGAGACAAGAAUCAUCCAACAAAAGGACCAAAUAUAAUGCAACUCAAAACGAGCAUGUCGUCGAGUCUCCUAUGAAAAUAGAAGUUAGUCAAGACUUUCAAAUGAAUGAGGAUACAAAUGCAGAAUUGAAAAAUGUUGAUGAUGCAGAAGAAGUUAAAGACUGUAAGGUGUCUGAAAGGAAUUCGAACGAUGAAGAAAAUAAAUAUAUCACAGAGUUUGACUUUUACGGAGAAAAAUACACGUUCAAAGAAAGACCAGCAGUUAUUGAGGAAAAGGAGGGUAAAAUUGAAUUUAGAGUAGUAAACAACGAUAACACCAAGGAAAGUAUUAUGGUUCUGACUGGGUUGAAAAACAUUUUUCAGAAACAGCUUCCUAAAAUGCCAAGAGAAUAUAUAUCUCGCCUGGUGUAUGAUCGAAGUCAUUUAUCGAUUGCAAUUAUCAAGAAGCCUUUAACUGUAGUUGGGGGGAUCACUUAUAAACCUUUCAAUCAGAGGGAAUUUGCAGAAAUUGUGUUUUGCGCCAUUAGUUCUACUGAACAAGUCCGCGGUUACGGAGCACACCUAAUGAAUCAUCUAAAAGACUACGUUAAAGCAACAAGCAACAUCAAACAUUUUUUAACAUACGCAGACAACUAUGCUAUUGGCUAUUUCAAAAAGCAGGGAUUUAGUAAGGAGAUAUCACUUGACAAAAGGGUUUGGAUGGGGUAUAUCAAGGAUUAUGAAGGUGGCACUUUGAUGCAAUGUUCUAUUCUACCUAAAAUUCGAUACCUAGAUUCUUCUAAAAUCUUGCUCUUACAGAAAGCGGCCAUAUUGAAGAAAAUCAGAUCUAUAUCCAAAUCUAAUAUUGUUCAUCCGGGCCUGAAACAGUUCAAGUCUGCAAAUGUGAUUAAGGCUGUCGACCCAAUGCAAAUUCCUGGAUUAAAGGAGGCAGGGUGGGUCCGGGAAAUGGACGAGUUGGCUCAAUUGCCCAAAAGAGGUCCCCAUCAUGCAUUCAUGGCUAAUCUCAUAACCGAACUACAAAAUCAGCCUUCCUCGUGGCCAUUUCUGCAAUCGGUGAAUCGUGAGGAAGUACCUGAUUACUACGAAGUGAUCAAAGAGCCUAUGGACCUCUCUACAAUGGAGACGAAGCUUGAAAAUGAUCAUUACCAUACACUAGAAGAUUUCAUCUAUGAUGCGACAUUGAUAUUCAACAAUUGUAGAUCGUACAACAAUGAGAGCACAACAUAUUACAAGAACGCGAAUAAGCUUGAAAAGUUUAUGAAGAGCAAGAUAAGAGAGGUACCAGAGUACGCCGAUAUGGUUGACUGA